CAGUGAGGAUGGCUGAAGAGAUCCCGGUUAUCGACUUCUCGGCUUACGGCCUGUCCUGUUCGGAGGGUGAGGCCAGCAGGGCAGAGUUGGAGACCCUAGCUCAGAGCCUGGUGCACACUCUGUCUACUGUGGGGUUCACCUACCUCACUCAUGUGGGCAUCAGUCAACAGGAGGUGGAUGAGCUGUUUGAGGUUUCGGACAGGUUCUUCGCGCUGCCCAUAGACGUGAAGGAAAAGUACCGACGCCCUUCUGACGGUUCCCGCGGCCGCCAUGGAUGGGUUGCCAUCGAGAGGGAGAGAGUGGCUGCAGAUCGCCCAGGAGACCUGAAGGAAGCCUUCAACAUGCUGCCCCCUCUUCCUCCUGAACAGACGUGGCCCAAUGAGCUGCCAGAGUUGGAGAAAGUCGGAACGGCAUUCUUCGACAAGUGUGUCCAGCUGACCUUGAGGAUCCUGGAGGUCAUGGCCAUCGGACUGAAUGUCCCGGACAUCCCCGGGUUCCUUGACCUUCACCGCUCCAUGGGGAAAGGUCGGAACAGCUCGCUGCUGCGCCCGCUGCGGUACCCGCCUGUGCCGGACUGCGUCAAGGACAGGCAGAUCAGGUGUGGGGAGCACACGGACUACGGAUCCAUCACACUGCUGUGGCAGGACGGGGCGCCUGGGCUGGAGAUAGAGACCCUGGACCACCGGUGGGUGCCGGUACCGCCCAUCCCUGGUACCGUGGUGGUGAACAUUGGGGACAUGAUGCAGCGAUGGUCUGGGGACAAACUCAGAUCCACGCCCCACAGAGUGGUUCUUCCAGAUGAGGAGGAAUGGAGGAAAGUACCACGCAGGUCCAUCCCGUUUUUUGUCCACCCUGACGAUGACGCCCUGCUGACCUGCCUGGACGGCUCCGAUAAGUACCCUCCCAUGACGGCAGAGGAGCAUCUCAAAAACUUCGCCAGCAAAAUCUACGCCGAUCUUCCAACCGCUUUCGGCAAGACGAACUAGGAACUUUCGCCACUCAAGCUUCUGGAGACUUCUCUGUCUGUCUUGGGCCUAACCUAGCAAGAUGGAGACACUCAUCAAACAAACAAAUAGCAAAAUCUUCGCCGAUCUUCCCACGGCUUUCUAGACGUACUAGGCUAAACUUUCACCUGCCAAGUUUAACCGUAAUAACCCAGCAAGAUCUACAUCAAUGUUCCCACUGCUUUCACAGCUUUCGGCAAGACAAACUAGGCUUAACUUUCACCACUCAAGCUUCUAAAGACUGUCUUGGGCCUUAAUCCUAACCCAGCAAGAUGGAAAUCGUCAUAAAACAAACAAACAAACAAAUAAAUAGCAAAAUCUACGCCGAUCCUCCCACAGCUUCCAGCAAGACAAACUAGGCAGAACUUUCGACCAGCCAAGUUUGAGACUUUGGUCUUAACCCUAAUAAUCCAGCAAGAUGGAGAUCCUCAACAAACAAACAAACAAACAAAUAGCAAGAUCUACGCCGACCUUCCCACGGCUUUCAGCAAGACAAACUAGGCAGAACUUUCAACGUGAACAACAACCUCCAGUCAUUCAAAACAAGAGUACACCGGCAUCUUCUUUCCACCACCAGGACUUCUGCAUGUAGCUGGAACUUCCAAUGGCUUUCAUGGCUUUUGGCAAGAUGGACUAGGCAGAACAUUCCCCAUCCAAGCUUCUAAAGACCUGUGCCUUAACGCUGAUCCAGCAAGAUAUAUGCUGAUCUUUUUUUCUUUUAAUGAUGUUUACUCUAGUAUACUUAUUAACACCUGAGUGAAGUGAGUCGUGCCUUUCCAAAGGGCA